ACCUCAAACUUCCAAACACAAUCCUAUUGAUUACAUUACUUGAUUAUCUCCAGUUCAUUUGGUAUCGCCAUGGGUCUGCUUAAAUUCUCUUCCAUUAAUUUGGGUAUUCCUCAGAAUCCAUCAACAUGCGCUGCUCGUGCUUGACUCUCUCCUACCCAUAGCCUUUCCUCUACGAAUAUACAAAGUACAUACGUAUUUGUUUAUGGCUUUUAGCUGUUAUGCUCCAAUCUCUCAUGUCGCCUCGCCCCUUUCUUCUUCAUUUCAGUCCCGGGUAAGCUUGUUUGGAAGACCUUAUAAUGACCAGCGAGAGAGGACUGAGCAGCCCAGAAAUACUAAAGUGCUUAAGUUGAAGGGGUUUCGAAGGAGACAAAAUGUACUUUUCUCAACUUUCAAGGACCAAUCUCAGUACACUGAGAUCAAACCUGUUGACUCAGAACUACUACAAGACGAUCCUGAUCCUGAAGAGAUAAUCCCGGUUGGCUUACCAUCUAUUCAUUUUGAGGGAAGUGAUGGAAGACCAGGUUUUAUUUCGUUUUAUAAUCGCGCAUACAAAAGAGACGAUGAAGUCAUUUCUAAUGUGCAGAGGAAUCAGAACAGCUUGUUAUGGUUUAUUGGUCCAGCAGUUCUUGUGGCCUCUUUUAUUUUACCCUCACUUUAUUUGCGUAAAGUACUUUUAACCAUAUUUGAGGACUCCUUACUAACAGAUUUUCUCAUAUUGUUCUUCACGGAAGCACUUUUCUAUUGCGGCGUUGCUGUUUUUCUUCUGCUAAUUGAUCGUCAAAGGAGGACUACUGGGCCAGAUUCUGCAGCAGAAACCUUGGCCCCUCACUUGGGUCAACGUAUCUCUUCUGUUGCUACUCUUGUGCUUAGUCUCAUCAUUCCCAUGGUAACGAUGGGUCUAGUAUGGCCCUGGACUGGUCCCGCUGCAUCUGCUACUCUAGCUCCUUACCUGGUUGGUAUUGUUGUACAGUUUGCCUUUGAGCAGUAUGCAAGACAUCAUAAUUCACCUUCAUGGCCUGUCAUCCCGAUAAUCUUUCAAGUUUACAGAUUGCAUCAACUGAAUAGAGCUGCUCAACUAGUGACAGCCCUGUCAUACACAGUGAGAGGUGCUGAAAUGACCACAUACAACUUGGCAAUAAACAGCUCUUUGGGAACACUUUUGAAUGUCCUCCAGUGCCUUGGGGUAAUCUGCAUUUGGUCACUCUCGAGUUUCCUCAUGAGGUUCUACCAUUCCACCUCCCGGAUUACAUAGCGUGUGGAACGCAGUUCAUGUUUAAGCUUAUGCUGUUUGGUUACACUCUGCUGCGAAUUCGGGACAGCAAAGGAUUUUAAAGUCACUCUAACUGAAGCCAUAUCUAAAAGGGUACUUUUGAGUAUCUGGGAACACAGGUUUUACAUGCUGAAGAGAGUAAAAGCAGUUAUGAUUCCUAAUCUGACUGCCUUACAAUGAAAACAUUGAACAGCAACAGCGUUUGAUCUUUUACUUGU